CCAUUUUUUUUUUAUUUUUUCCGAUCAACUCCACUUUUUUUUUAAUUAUUUUACUUUUCUUCUUUUGUGGUUGCCAGAAAAUCAUCCCUCAUUAUCUUCUCCAGAAUUGAGAUUCUUGUUGUAAAAAAUCCGCAGCGCAUCAGCAUUAAUUUUGCAGGGAAAUUCAGUAUUUUGCUCGGCGAGAAAUUCAAUCAAAGAUUAAAAAAAAAAUGGAAAAAGUGAUGAAUAUAUUGAAACCAAAACCUAAUCCACAGCAAUUGCUAAGAGAUUGGCAGCGCCGCCUCCGCAACGAAUGCCGCAAUAUCGAGCGCCAAAUUCGAGAUAUACAGAGGGAAGAGAAAAAUGUUCAGAAAGCCAUCAAAGAGGCUGCUAAAAGAAACGACAUGGGUUCAGCUAAGUCACUCGCUAAAGAAAUUGUGAGAUCGAGGCAAACCGUGAAUAGACUUUACGAGAACAAGGCGCAGUUGAAUUCGAUAUCAAUGCAUCUUGGAGAAAGUGUUGCUAUUGCUCGAACUGUGGGACAUUUGUCGAAAAGUGCUGAAGUGAUGAAGAUUGUCAAUAAUCUUAUGAAGGCUCCGGAGGUAGCUGUCACCAUGAUUGAAUUCAGUAAAGAAAUGACUAAGGCUGGUGUGAUUGAAGAGAUGAUGAAUGAUUCUUUGGACAAUGCACUCGAUUCGGAAGACAUAGAAGAGGAAACGGAAGAAGAAAUCGAGAAGGUCUUAACAGCAAUUGCUGGAGAGACUGCCGCACAACUUCCGGAAGCUUCUAGAAAGGAGAAGCUCAAACAACCUGCUACCACUGAACAAGUUGAUGAGGAGAAUAAUAUUGACGAUGAGGAAGAUAUGGAAGAAAUAAGGGCUCGUCUUGCUAGAGUUCGAUCUUAACUCAUCUUUUUUUUUUCUUUCUAUAUAUUAUUUUUAUAUAAUGUACCAUAUAAAUAUAAUCAUGCGACGUUUAACAUGCAAAAAAUCUUGUAUUUGAGGUAUGUCCAUACGUAUGUUGUUCUUGAAUAUCUGUAUGAGAAAUCAUAGCAGAUGAUGAUCGAGAGAAAGGCCUUUGAAAAUUUGGAACGUCGUAAACUUUGUAAGUCACAUAUCUCGGUUUAUUUGAUGC